AUUUGAAAUCGAUUUGAAAUGUAAAUAAAAACAAUUCUCCGCAAUUUUCCGCAAAAAUUAAACAUUUUUUGAUAAUUUUUCAUCAAAUAACGACAAAAAAUUAUCAAUUUCUGAAAAAAUGGAUACAAUUCCCGGCUUGGAUAACGAAUUCCCUCAAAGUCAACCAACAGAAACAAUUCAACCGGCAUCUGAAACUGCUUCUACCGACGAUGCUGAGACCUCAAAUCAAUCAAAUCCUGAACAUUCGCCCGAAUAUUUGCAGCGAAAACUUUAUUUCUUGCUCGAGCAUCUGAAAAAAUACCACGAAGAGCUUCCGGAAGAGUUUCAAGUGCGAAUUCCGCAUGAAAUUUUGUCGGAUUUGGCAAAUUGUUUACUCAACGACAUCAUUUUCGAGAUCGUAAAGGGCUUGAUGGACAUUCAGCAUGUCACGGAGAAUCACAUGAGCAAGAUGCGGGAACAAGUAACGACGCAACAUAAGAUUGAAAUUCAAGACUGGGUAGCAAAAAUUCAAGACACGGAAGAGCUGGAACACAUUUUGGCACUUAUGAAGAUAAAACAUAACAGAGAACUUAAGGAAAUGGACAAAAAAUUCGUUCUGCAUUUGGAUCAAAAGGUCGAAGAUCAACAAUCAACGUUAAAUCAAGCAGGUGUACCUGGAUUUUACGUCACUUCUGAUCCGAAAGAAAUUAAAAUUCAAAUGUACAUUCUUGACUUUAUCCUUCGUUUGAGUCGUUUAAAAUAUGAUCCGUCAAAAUGACACCCAAAUAUUUCUUCGGAAGAAGAAUAUUUUUGAUAUUAAAUUAAUUUUAAAAAUUAAAAAAAAAAUAGAAAAUAAAAAUUAA